AACCGAUGGGGACUCCCUCAGGGACUGUGGAGAGCAGUGCUGCCGGGAAGACCUGGUGCACAGUCCGGCCGCGGUGGCGAUAAGUGAUACUCCCUCGUGCAAGGAACAUGAUCGCCUGCCAGAAGUCGAAAUUUCGCCGGGGGGGCGGCGCCUGUCCGCGAGCGCCGGCCAGCUGCAUGAGGGCAGUGCUAGUACCUCGAAGUCACGUGUGUGCCGAGUGCGAGUCGCUCCCGAGAGUGCAGGCCGCGUAACACAUAUCAGAAAUCCCGUCGGGGAAGCGAGUGUGGUGGAUGGUGGGAAGUUUUCCGAUGGCAGGGUCAGACGGCGGCCCGGGCCAGUUAGUCCUGCCGGGGGCGCCAGUGCGGGGCGGACGUGCGAGCAGGCUGCCUCUUGUGAUCAUUCUUUUUCUAGUGUGGUGACCACGACGCCGAGGAAAUGCAAAAAGCUUCCGCAGCGAACUAAGAAAGGUCCCUUCCCCUUGCUCAAUGUGCGAGAGCUGGACCAGGGCUCGGUGCAGUCCCUCGUGAUUCCCAAAGUGUGCCAACAUAUCAGUGCUGUGAAGCGGUGGGACUCCAUAUCAGUGUUGUACGGGAUCGAGUACCUGGUGGUGCGGAAGAAGGUUCACGAGCGGCUCCUGUGCAUUCUGAGGGAGAGGAGAGAGCGACGCCUCCGCAGGGAAGCCAGGGAAAGCAUCGCCAGUGGAAGGAAGGCGAGGAAACAUCGCCACAAACGCAAGCGCAAGAAGAAGGCCAAAGCCAAGGGCGAAAAGAAGAAAGAGGAGAAAACGAGGAAGCGACGAAACGAGGAGGUGGAACGGAAUGAAACGUUAGCGGCGUCUCGGCUGGAGCGGGAGGUGUGCGCCUCGCAGGUGGGAGGCGAUGCGAGGGAGGGGGAGCCGAAGGACACGACGGAGGGCGAGGGGGCGAAUGAAGACGAAGGCGGGGACGCGGUGGAAGGAGUGAACGCGGCUCAGAGGCCCCCCGACGGCUCUCCCUCGGCAGGAAGCGGGGACUCCCGACCGAGCCGGUCCCCGUCCUACCACCAGGUCACGAGCAGCGAGAAGUCGUCCUCGGCCACCUACGAAUACCUCAGGCCCAAGGAAACACCCACACGAGACCUAUCUCUCGGCAACGCCCCUCACUCCGUCGACAAAACCAUAGCUUCCGCAACAUCGUCUGCUGGGGGCGUCGCCGGUCCCCGUGGGCAAGGUGCCCCCGGGUCCCUCGUCGUCGACCAAGACCUCUCAGACCUGUGCCUACAUUUCGGACGACGAGAGUGCCAGCGAGCGGCGCCGCUCCACGCUCUACUGCUGCCCCUGCUUCCUCGCCUUCAGGAGGAAACCCAAGAAGUCCAGGAAAAGGUACGGAAGGAAGGGAUUUGCGUUGGCCUUGGCUGGCGGUUAGCGGCGCUGGGAGUUCGCUCCCGGGGCGUUGGACUUGAGGUUCGGUUGGGGUCG